AUGGCAGGGAGAUGUUUGAACGGCUUGCCAGUAGUACUGGAAGGCUUCACCAGGCUGACCCUCUGCAGCUCAAUGCGCCACUCAUUUCCAACUCUAAUCGACCAUCACGCACUAACACAUCCGAAUGUCCGUUUCUGGGAACAGGCCGAUUUUCAGAAGUGGUGUGACACUCCUGCGGGUCAAGGUCACCACUCUUCACACACAAACCUGGUCUAUCUUGAAGACGAAAAUGGCCGCACGGUCUCGUCACGAACAAUCAAAGCCAUACGAAGGGUGCUCCGUGGUGGCUGGAGCGAGCUUGUUACUCGCAAGAUCGCCCCGCAUUCUUGGGGUAAACUAUCAGCAUCUGGAAGACAAUUGAUCCAUAACUUCAUGGAGAACGAGUUUCCCCUUUUCAAACUUGCUAACAACGGAUGGAAACUAGAUCACCUUGCUACUACGACAUACCCUGCCUGGCGCCGAAACAAUCUUGACACCAAUUGUGACUGGAAGUCAGGCGGUAACAUCAAAAAGGAGGACGAUAACGAUGACAUCGAUAACAAAUGUGCUGAGAGUGAUGGAGAAGGCAUUACUCCUACUUCAAAAACACAUCAUGUCAUGUCCCUAUUGUCCCCAUCUCCACCCACCUGCUCUCAGAUCUCUGACGCCUGCUCUCAAAUCUCCGUUGCUUGCUCUCAGAUCUCCGUCGCCUGCUCUCGAAUAUGUGUCGCUUGCUCUCAAAUCUCCAAUGCCUGCUCUCCGAUCUCUGUCGCCUGCUCUCCGAUCUCCGUCGCCUGCUCUCCGAUCUCCAUCGCCUGCUCUCGAAUAUGUGUCGCUUGCUCUCGAAUCUCUGCCGCCUGCUCUCAAUCUCUGACUCCUGCUCUCGAAUCUCCAAUGUCUGCUCUCAAAUCUCCGGCGCCUGCUCUCGAAUCUCCGAUGUCUGCUCUCGAAUCUCCAACGCCUGCUCUUGGAUCUCCAUUGCCUCUCAUUCAGUCAAUCGCAACUGUGGAUGCUAUUACUUCACUCGAUGCUGUGUCUAAUGCAGACAAGAAUAUCCCUACCGAAAGCCAAACGAUUCCUGCACCAAAACCUGUUAAAAUUACGAUUAUGAAUCCACUUUCCCACCACCUCCAUCUCCCACCAGUAGUAGUCAAUCCUGUGCUCGGGUGCGCAGUCCAAAAGGCGACCACAAGCACUGCUGAGCCAUUGUCGAAGCCAAAGAAAGCCAAGGGGAAGAUGCGUCCAAGUCAAACAAAGAAUGGACGUAACUUAUAUCAAACGAAUGGGACGACUGACGAGUUUGGUGUAUAUUAUAUGGGCCUUGCUGAGAAUCAGCGCACGGCUUACGAUAAAGAGGCUGCUGAACUUGUUGCCACCGACAAAUGGGACAAGACUGUCGGGCAAGGCGAGAUGUACUAG